UUUAUCAAAAUUAGCAUGAAAAGAGAAAUAUCAAGAACAUUCGCUGCGUAUAAAAGAGACGCUUGGCAUUUUGAGAGACAGACAUCUGAUUCUAGGGAGAUUUCUGCACACGGUGAAAAGGUUGAUGUCGGCACAGCAUCUAAAGAUGGCGUAAGCGCAAGGUUUACUUUUGGCAACAGCACUUAUGAAUUAUCUGACAUCGAACUCGAUUGGUACAUGGCGAAUUAUGCUUGUAAGAACAAAGGCAUGUUCCUGGUGAGCGUCGAGUCAGAGGCUGAGGACGAAUUCAUUAUUUCGCAACUUAUUCCAUAUUGGCUCUCUUUUUGGACAUCAGGGAACGACCUUUAUAAAGAACGUCAAUUCUAUUGGGACAGCACUGGACACCUAUUGGGUCCUUACACAAACUGGGGUUUUAAGCAACCCGACGGCGGCACAAGUGAUGAAAACUGUUUGGCAUACAUGCUCGCCUACAAUAUGCCAUACAGCUGGCAUGAUGCUUUUUGUACAACUCCAUAUAGGUUCAUAUGUGAAUCUUAUCAUUGAAAUAAUAUUGAAUCACAUAAUAAAUUAAUAAGGAAUUAAAUAUUUAUAAUUUUUCCUUGUUAUUUUAGUCCUUUAGUAAAUUGCACAUUUUUUUUUUUGAAAAACUGCAAGCUUUUAGACCUGUAAAUUAUUAAUCUUCUUCCAGCUGUAAAUGUUUACCAAUAAAUGAUAUCUAAAGAGCAUUUUAACUUGGAAUUAUGAAGCUGAGUGAGAAGAAACAACUUUUUUUGAGUAAAUAUAAAUGCCAAAAUUGUAAAUUUUAAUUUAAAUUUAAAAUCUCAUCU